AUCAAAUCCGCGUACUUGGCCGAGAGUCUCAAGCGAUGAAGCUCCCCCACAACUAGACGGAAGUUUCUGGAUUCGAAACAAGCCAGGAAUUUUGAGUUCUUGGCAUGCUUCCCCCCCUCCCACCUUAUGAACAAUUUAGUAUUGGAGACUCUGGUACAGUUAAGCCCAAAUGAUAGGUUUAUUGUUAUUGUAGUUGCCCGCUGAUUGUUCCGAGCAGAACCAGGUCUCGGGUGGAAUUUGGAAUUUGCAGUAUUUCUGGUUUCCUUUUUUAAACAUUAAUUGGAAAAGGACAGGAGGAGGCGAAUGAAAAGUCCCCCCAUCCGGAUUCAUCCCGCAGGGUCCAUGGAUCGGCUGGGAUCAGGCCAGGAUCACAUCGGGAUCUUCCCCCUGUUUUAAAACCAUCCUGGCCUUGAAUCUUAAAUGCUUAGCACACAUGGACAAAGUGGGCAAAGUGGGCAAAGUGGUGGUUGCCUUGGGACGGACACACAAACACACAAACACACCCAGCAAAGCUUCACUGGUUUUAAUUGGGGCUAACUGGAGCAGGGAGGAGGGUGGAUUAAAAUUUAACCCGAUCCCUUGGAUCUAGCUGCCUGCCUGCCAAGCUAACCCAGACUUAAAACCAACUGAUGUAUUUGACACUGAAUGAGACUCAGGAAAAAGCACUGAUUCAUAGACAGUUAGUUCUUGACUUACAACCCUUCGUUGAACGACCAGUCAGAGUUACGGCGACUCGGGGAAAAAAUGGGACUUAAUGUUUCACACUUACGACCGUUGCGGCAUCACCGCCGUCAUGGGACCCAAAUUUGGACGCUUGGCACCUGACAUGGUUCCCCUGAGGCUCUCUUUUUUUCCACCUGCCCCGGAGUCUCUUCCUCAGUUUCCCAAGCGUCACACCAUGGCUGACGGCGAGGAUAUUCAUGGCUUGAAAAGCGUGCUGGUCAUGUUCCAGAGCUGCCUGAACGGCGAGGAAGAAAUCCUGAUGGACCCGUAUUUAGGAGGCUGGAAAGGCCUCGUCAGGUUUCUAAACACAAUGGGGCCAAUCUUCUCCUUCAUCUCCAAAGACGCCGUGACCAAAAUCCAGAUCAUGGAGAACUUCCGUUGCAGUGAGCGGCGGGAGGACUACAUCACCCUCCAAGCUAUGGUGAAUUAUGAGCUGGCCAACCAGCUGGUGGAUUUGAGGGAGCCUGGCAACUACCCUGCCUCAGGCUGCCGAACUAUCCUUCGCCUCCACCGGGCCCUGCGCUGGCUGCACCUGUUUCUGGAGGGCCUGAGGACUAGCAGCCCCGGUGCCAAGACCUCGACGUUGUGCACGGAUUCCUACAACGCCUCGCUGGCCAACUACCACCCCUGGAUCAUCCGCAAAGCAGCCACCAUGGCCUUCUACGCCUUGCCCACCCGCGACGCCUUCCUGGAAAACAUGCGGGUGGGCAGCACCGAGGCGGCCAUUGAGAUGCUGGGCGAGGCUCUGCCUUACAUCAGCAAGGUCUACGAGAUCACGGAGAGCCUCUACACGGAGCACAAGCUGCUCGACCUCCCCUGAGGGGGGACCGGAGCUGAGCCGAGAGCCGGAGGGGCUCUCCCUGCGGCUGCAGCCCCCAGAUCUCCUCGACAAAUCAUCUCCUGCUCUUAUCAAUCAGGUUUCUUCUUGGAAAGCUACGAGGCCUUCAAGCCAUCCCUCUGUUUGGGGUUCUAGCACUGAAGAUAUAAAGCCUUUAUGCCGUUUCCCCAAUCAGAAAGCUGUGUUCCUGCCCCUUUUCCUCCUCCCAAAAGCUUUGAUCCAGAAAGGCAUCCAGUCCUUGAUUUCUUUUUCUUUCUUUCUUUCUUUCUUUCUUUCUUUUUCUUCCUUUCUUUCUUUCCUUC